CUGGUCCAAGUAGUUUGGAGAUGCUGGACUUACAGAGAAACAAACUCACGUCUAUAUCGAUCGGCACGUUCACAGGGAUCCCGCUGCUUACGGAGCUCAACCUGUCGUCUAACAACAUCUCGAAAAUAGAGGAUGGGAGCUUUGGUCGUCUCAAGAAGUUACGUGUCCUGUAUCUGAAUUCCAACCAAAUCCUUAAACUGACCAACGCGACAUUCUUUGGUAUGUCCUCCUUAACCCGUCUAACUUUGAGUAAUAACAAGAUACAGAAUCUGCCAGAUAUGGCCUUCAAUAGUGCCGGAUCGCUGGAGUUUCUGGACCUGACAUCUAACAGCAUCUCCACAAUCACCCAGUUAACAUUCUCUGGGUUGUUGAAUCUUACUGCUCUGUCUCUUAGUACAAAUAACAUCAGCUCUGUUGAGGACGGCGCGUUUCGAGAUCUGGUCAAACUAAACUCAUUGUCCUUGUGGGACAAUAAGCUGCUGGACAUCUCAGCGGCAACUUUUGUAGGUCUUGCUCCUGAAGAUAGAACAGACAACACAGGUCUGGAGGUGCUGUACCUCGCUGGCAAUCGCCUCACCACCAUCAGGAAGGAUGAUUUUGCCAGGCUCACAAAACUGACGUUUUUGACGCUAUUCCGCAACGAUAUUACCAAUGAGGGACUCGAAGAUGGUUCAUUCGCCAAUCUUGGGAACCUUGUCUAUCUAAGUCUUUACGCCAACUCUUUGACCAACAUUUCUGCAGCCACAUUUGAAGGGUUGGUGUCACUGGAGUCAUUGGGCAUUGGGAACAAUCAGAUUCGAAACUACCCACCGUUUGCUUUUGCCAACAUGCCAUCUCUAACAACCAUCAACCUAUCCAGCUAUGGCUCCACCAGAUUCACCUUGCAUCCUGAUACGUUCGGCAACCUAGCGGCACUCCGUCAUCUGAAUAUUGCUGGUGUAACAAGCGUCUGGCCGGGUGUGUUUCGGCACCUUCCUUGUCUCCAAACUGUGUGGAUGGGGGGCAGACUUACCUGCGAUUGUGAUAUACUUGAUCUAGCGACAUGGCUGAAUAGGACAGCCGUGACUGUUCGACCGUUUGAUACGUCGUCAAACCCCGUAGCUUGCCACAAUCCAUUUUACCUGAGGCGAGUACCUGUCAUGAACAUACGAGAGGAAGACUUAGGUAUGACGUGCCCAGCGACAACCGAACCACCAUAUACUGUUCAGAUCUGCCCAACACCCUCUCCUGCGACUGAAGUUAUGACGUCUUCUCGUCUUGUCACAACUCCGAGUCCAACAACACCACUUCCCUCGUCCUAUAAAACUACACAACCGGGAACCUACCCCGUUAUAACCGAGACCUGUUCUUAUCCAGUAGACCUGGUCUUCCUCCUGGACAGCUCGGAGAGUUUCAGGACAAGCGGUUUCGAGGAUGCAAAGACCUUCAUCCAGUCCGUAGUCAACUAUUUUACACUCGGAGAAAACGACACAAGGGUCGGUGUUGUCACGUACAGCAACGUUGACGCGCAGGUCACACGCGUGAAGCUAAAUGAAAACUACACCAGAGUUGAGCUCUUAACUGAGAUUCGCAACAUUCCUUACGACAGAGGUCAUACCUUCACUGGACUUGGUCUUGAUCACGUGCGUAAUAACUCGUUUCUCGAAGUAAACGGCGGGCGGAAUGAUACUCCCGACGUUUUGGUCGUGUUAACCGACGAUGACUCCGAGGAUGACGUCACCCGUCCAGCACAACUGUUACGCCAGAUGGGCAUCAAACUGUUUGUUGUUGGAGUUGGCACGGAAAGUGACAUUUCACAACCUACUCUAGAGGCUAUUGCUGGAACUCCAGACAGGGUGUUUAGGCUGACGGACCAUGACAACCUUGUGGAUGCAAUCCACCCCAUACAUAUAAGACAGGCGAUUUGUAACGCGACACCAUGCCCGCCGUUGACGGUCCCAACUAACGGAGCGCUGACUCCUCCCUCACCGCACAACUACCCUGUCACGGUUACAUUCAGCUGUAACUCGGGGUACGAACUGAACGGCGCUGAAAAUACGACGUGCCAAACUGACAGAACAUGGAGUAAUCCUGUUCCAACAUGCUCAUCUGGACAAUGUUCGACGCUGGCGGCCCCAACUAACGGAGCACGGACGCCAGCUGUCGGAGCGACCUCCUUCGGGAAUACAGUAACGUUCUUCUGUAGCAUGGGAUACACACUGAACGGCGCGACCACCGCGACGUGCCAAACUAACGGAACAUGGAGUAACCCUGUUCCGACAUGCACACCCAGAUCUUGUCCGCCGUUGACGACCCCAACUAACGGAGCGCUGAGUCUUCCCGGACCGGCAUACUCCUACCCGAACCAGGUUACGGUCACAUGUAACUCGGGAUACCAACUGAGCGGAAUCUCUUCUGUGACGUGCCUAGCUGACGGAACAUGGAGCAACGUUGUUCCAACAUGCACAAUGACGUGCCCUGAAGGCUACGGGGACGACUAUGGGUUUGGAAAGUGUCUGUACGUCCACAAACGUCCACUGAUCUACUCCGACGCUCAGGCGUUUUGCCAUGGCAUGGGUGGGAAAAUCUUUCAAUUCGACAACGCGGAAGACGUCAACAGGAUCAAGACCAUCUUUGAACGUUCCAGGACUCUCAGGCGUUUCGGGAUCUGGGUCGGUCUGACUGAAGGAACCUUCGUUUGGGCAGACGGCACACCAUUGGUCAGUGGAGAUUUCUCGGACUGGGCCCCUCAGCAAUACGACCGUAACAGUGACAAGCGUGACUGUGUGCAAAUGAAACGGAGGUUUAACUGGCAAUGGGUGGUCGGAAGUUGCAGUAGGGCAAGGAACCUCUUUCUCUGUGAGCCAAACUAAUAUGAAUGCUGCCCCUUAAGUUCUCUUUGCAGUUUUUCUUUUGGGCGGCUGAACCUUUUGUUAGUUCACGUUCACGGGCUAACCUAUAUCCGUUGUAUUGAAUUGGAUAUAGGUUACCCCUUGGAUAAAGGUGAACUAGCGUUUGCCUUUCUUUAAUUGAAACAUAUAAAUCAUUAGGCAACAUGGAAAGCGUGUACCUCUGUAAACAGCUGAACUCAUUUCUCUACUGUUAAUCGCCAUUUAUUAUGGAAAAACUGCUAUUAAUUGGCAAAGACCAAAGUGAAAGUUUCUUUUUUUAAACUACAUUUGAGAUAAAAGUGUUCGUCUUUCUUAGGGUUUAAUUGGACUCUUAUUACAAAAGUAACAGGAGCUUCUAAUUUGCUUUUCUUACCCGUUGUCACGAGUGCUUUCAUUUGCUCUCACCCUUCAUUGUUUUCCCUUACCUUAUUAUCACCGUCUUCUAUCGAAAAUGAACGUUUAGACUGGAACGAAUGUCUAUCUUGCUCUGCAUGGCGUUUAAAAAGAUGCCACUUAUGUUGUAUACCUAUCUUGACACUGUAUUUCUGUGAAUGUAUCCAUCUAUGCAGUUGCUGGUGAAUUUGAUUCUUCUUUGUCUUAAUCUUUAGUUUUUUUCGACGAUAAGAUUAGCAUUUUUUUGGUGUCUAGUUUACGUUACACUGUGGGAAUACAGGAUUUACAGAUACAACCACAGUAGUUUUUUUCUCAAUUAAACGUUUAAGAUAUUUACAAUACAGUAAUUCAGACAUUAGUGGUGUUUGUGUGUAUUUGCAUACGGUAUAUAGUCAUCAUUGGUCUUAUGUUUAAGACUAGGACACUAGGACACUUAAUAUAGAAACAUUUUCUUUGAAAUGCCUACAUUUUUCUAUAUUCAACACCACCAAAACUACUGUAAAUCAUUAUUCUUAUCUACCUUAUGUAGCCAUUGUCUGUAGCUAAAUGUCGUCUGACUUACAUUAUCUGUUUAGGUUUCAAUCAUUACUUUACGUCUCAAUUUGUAUUCGCUCUUUUAGGAAGCUAAAAAAAUGAUAAAUCGAUGUAUAGUUUUGUUGCGGUGACACGUAACACACAAGGUACACACAUACGUGCACACACACGCACACUCACAUACAUAUUACACACACAUAGAUACACACAUACACACACACAAACAUAGUUAAGAUUUAUUAUUACUCAUAUAACUUCAAAUGGUGGGGAAUAAAAUUGAGGUCACAAAAAAGAUUUAUUACUCAUAUAACUUCAAAUGGUGGGGAAUAAAAA